CCUAUUAUCAUGACAGGCGCAAAUAAAAUAGUAGAAUCAAAUACUGCAGAAUCAGUGACAGAAACAUUCAGAAGUUCUUCUACUUUGGAGUCUCGAGAUAAUCAAGUCACUAUGUUAGAUGACAAGAAAGUAAAUGAACAAAAGAACUUUGCAUCAACAAAAGAACUUGUGCGAUUUACAAUUGUCAUGAUUGGUAUUGUGAUUGCUAUGUUCAUGAUGUCUUUGAAUUCAACUGUGGUUGCUCCUGCUAUGAGUGCCAUUGCUACUGAACUUAAUGGUCUUUCAUCUCAAACUUGGAUUGCUACUGCUUAUCUUGUAGCUAUUAAUGCAUUCCAACCAUUAUCUGGCAAGUUUUCUGAUAUUUUUGGAAGAAAAUCUGUUUAUUUGUUUGGUAUCUUCUUCUUCUUUGCUGGGUCUUUAAUCAAUGCUUUGUCAACUAACAUCAGCAUGUUGAUUGCUGGUCGUACUAUUCAAGGCUUCGGUGGUGGUGGUGUAAUGUCCAUGACUUAUAUCAUUGUGUCCGAAGUAUCACCUAUUCCUCUUCGUCCUCGAUUCCAAUCCAUGUUGUCUGUUGUUUACGGUAUUGCUAACGUCGCUGGUCCUUUAAUUGGUGGUGGUUUUGUGGACCAUGUCAGUUGGCAUUGGGAUUUCUGGUUAAACGUUAUUCUUGCUGCUGUUGCCUUUAUUGUUAUCUUUUUCUAUUUGAAUGAAACUCAAUCCUCUGCUGAAUCUUCUUUUAUUGACAAGUUAAAGCGUAUUGACUGGCUAGGCACUUUGUUUUCUAUUGGUUUUAUUGUUUGUUUGCUUUUGGCUCUUAAUUGGGGCUCAUCAUAUGGAUGGUCAAGUGCUCAUUCUAUUGGUCCUUUUGUCGCUGCUGGUGUUUCUUUUAUUGCUCUUAUUAUUUGUGAAGGCUGGGUUGCUAAAGAACCACUUUUACCUGCUAGAGUGAUCCUGAACCCUGCCUGUACUGUUAUCUAUGGCUACAUGAUGACUCUCGGUCUUACUUUUAUUGGUACAUUGUAUUUUGGUCCCAUUUAUUACCAAGCUGUGUUUGCUGCAGACAGUACCUCGUCUGGUUUACGUCUUAUUCCCUUCAUGGUCUGUCUUAUUGCUGGUUCUGUAGGCUGUGGUUUCCUACUUCGCAAAUUCCCUCGCACUAAAUUCUAUUUAAUACUUGGUUCUGCCUGUAACUUGCUUGGCUAUGGUUUAUUCUACACUGUGAAUGAAGGCAGCAAUUGGGGUCAGCAAGCUGGCUAUUUGGCCUUUAGUGGGUUUGCCUUUGGUAUCUCUCAACAAAACUGUAUCUUGAGUGUCCAAUCCUCUGUUGAAAGAAGAGAUAUUGCCGUUGCCACCAGUUCCAACAACUUUUUCAUGAUGCUUGCUUCCUCUAUUGGUAUUGUGAUUUAUCAGACCAUGUAUCAAGCACUUCUCAAGAGUCAAUUUGUCAAGCUUCCUACUGAUGUAUUGGCCGUAGCCAAUGAAUAUGGUGCACUCAAGAAUUAUUUGUUUAUCAAAAACCUGCCUGUGGAUGUCAAGCCUUAUGUUGUUCAUGCUUAUUCUGAGGCUAUUCAUACCGUGUUUCUUUUGCCUAUUGCUGCUGCUGCUAUUGGGUUUAUUCUUACUCUUUUCUGUAGAGAUGUUCGAUAUGGUGUUUCUCAACCUCAAGAGAGAGAUGAAGAAGUGGCUGUCAAUGAAAAAGCCUAAACAAUUCAUCUUUUUGUAAACAUACGCACAUAAUUCAUUAUUUAGUUGUAUCAUUUUCAAUUUCCUUAUACUGUUGUAAUCUAGUUUCAUUAAUAUACAUUCUAUUCAUAUCAUUCUUUAGACAUUUAUAAUAGCAAUAAAAACAAAACAGUUUGUCUGUAGAAAAUAUUUAUGGGAUGAAAAAGUGGCUGCCUGUCAAUAUCAUUCAAGUAUACAAAUAAAUAAAAGAAAAGCUGAUUUUCUUUCAUCACAACUGUGCAAG